UUUCCUAUUCCGAGUCAGCGGUGCAGAUCUCAGACGGUUAACAGAGCGGAGAUCCAGAUACCAUCGGACCCCCAACAUUAUGACUGAUCUCGUGUAUUUGAUCACCGGAGGCUGCGGGUUCCUCGGAAACCAUCUGGUGAGGCUUUUGCUGGAAAAGGAGGACAGACUGGCAGAAGUCCGGGUGUUUGACAAACACGUAGACUCAAGUUUGAAUGCACUCAGCACAGAGCGGACAAAGGUUGUGGUAAUUCAGGGGGAUAUCACAGACUACAGCAGCGUGUUGGAGGCCACCCGGGGUGCCGAUGUUGUGAUCCACACAGCCAGCAUUGUGGACGUUUGGCACAAAAUCCCAGAGAGCCUCAUUGCCUCUGUCAACGUCACAGGAACCGAGAAUGUGAUCAAUGCCUGCGUGGAGUGUGGCAUCGAGAGCCUGGUGUACACCAGCAGCAUGGAAGUGAUUGGUCCCAACGUCAACGGAGACCACUUUGUCAGGGGCAAUGAAGACACACCUUACAAAGUGGAACACACUAUGGCCUAUCCUAAGAGCAAGGCAAAGGCUGAGAACAUUGUGCUUGAAGCUAAUGGCACCAAGAUAAACGGCGGAAAGACUUUAUACACGUGUUCCCUGAGGCCGACUGGGAUCUAUGGAGAGGGACACCAGCUAAUCAAGGCUUUCUACACUAAGGGUGUAGAACGGGGAGGCGUGAUCAUUGGUGGUAUCCCAAAGUCCUCUGAACAUGGACGUGUCUAUGCAGGCAACGUGGCCUGGAUGCAUAUUCUAGCCGCCCGAGCCCUAGUUGAGCGGCCCAUGACAAUCGGCGGUGAAGCUUUCUUCUGCUAUGAUGACUCACCCUACAUGAGCUACGAGGAUUUCAACAUGCUAUUUCUCUCCAAAUUUAACUUCCGACUGGUUCGCAUUCCCUUAUUGUUGCUCUGGUUCCUGGCCAUGCUCAAUGACCUGUUCCGAUGGAUAGUGAGCCCCUUUUACAACUACACACCGCUGAUGAACAGUUACACCUUUGCUGUGGCUUCUACCUCCUUCACUGUCUGCACAGAUAAAGCCCAGCAAUACUUCGAGUACUCGCCUUUGUACGACUGGGAACAUUGUCAUGCCCGAACACAGAAAUGGGUUGACAAAUUCCCUCUGGAUAACAACAAGGAUGCCUAAUGUGAACUCAGCUACCGCAACAUGCGGCAGAAGCUGCUAUGUAGACAGGCAGGACUCCAGAUAUAAUGUCAAGGAGUAACCUGCCAUUAGUUGGCAAUGCAAGCAAGAAAAGCCAUCUGUACUUACAGUAUAAAAAGUUAUGUUUAUGUAAGUCAAUAAUUUUAAGCUUGUUAAGAAUGUGCAAUAAUAUUCAGAUAUUUACCAUUCCUACAUCAGAAAGUGUUUAAUAUCAGCACUUGUAAUUGACAAGUGUAAACACCAUUAACAAACCAGACUUUAGACCUGUAUUGUAAUAAUACAUAUUAUUGAAGGUAAUGGUUUAUAUUGCAUACUUGAGAAAAAAAGUGUUAUAAAGACAUAGAGGAUGAAAUAUAACAUGUUUUGUUUGUUAUCUGAAAUAAAGAUUAUUUAAUAUAUUC